GCCGGGGGCAGCGUGGUGGAAGAUAGGCGCGGGGUGGACCUGCUUCUAGAAGCGAGGCAACAGCUGCCUUUAUCUAUACGUGUAUGCCUUUAGCGUGGCUGAUAGUGCGGUAGUUAGGCGGGGCGGCGCGGGCAGAAGUCUGAGGAGUGCGUGGAGUUUAUUGAGCAAACGUCAGAGCCGCGCUCUGCAGAGCACUGAGGGAAAAAAAAAACCAAACAAACAAAAGAGAAACCCGAGCUUUCACCGAGUUUUCUUUUUUUUUUGCUCCCGCUCUUUAAAAAAAACAAAAAAAACAACAAAAAAAAAACGACACAAAAUGUCUGAAGUUAAGGAGAGGAAAAAAGGUCUUCCUUCAUCCAAGAGCGACGAAGUUUCCCAGAAGCUCAAAAAGCACAGCAGCCGUGGGAAGGUGGUGAGCCACAGCCAGAACUCUGCUGGGAUGGAUUCACGGAUGGCCUUGGGUGUGAUUUCUCUCUCUGCCUGCUUGGUGCUGGCCUGGUUACUGUUUCAGCAGUCGAGUCGAUUUGCUGAUAUGGAAAAAAGGUACAAUUUCUUGCAGCAAGAAGCUGAAAGAUUCCUGGACAUGGAAAAUAAAGUUAGCUUAAUUUCUGAAAAGCUUGAGUCUUCUGACAAUAUCCUACAAGAAUCUGCCUCAUCCAUCUCUGUGAUGACUGAGUUUGAGCAGCAAGUGUCUUCUCUUCAUAACACCAUAAGAGAGAUUGAGACCAAUGAAGAGACUCUAUUUAUAAAGAUGCAAGGCAUUAAUGAGAAGUUCCAAAAUAUUACGAAUUCCUGGAGAAGAAGCAUGGAUGAAAUGAACACGAACACUAGUGGCAUAAAAUCUGAAGCAAAGUUCAUACAUACAGAAGUUACUUCCCAGAUAAAUAAAGUUGACCAAAGAAUUAAAUCCCUUUCAGAAAGAUUAAAAGACUUGGAAGACAGUACAGCCAGAAAUAUUAAAACAGUAAAAAGGCAAGAAGAUGAUGAAUUUGCUAGAGUUGAACAAAAGUUGGACUCGCAUGCAACGGCAAUUGAAAAACUAGAAGAAGAGCUGAACAGUCUGUUAGCCAAGAACACAGACCUGAAUCAGAAACUUGCAGCCUAUGAACCUAAAAUUGAGGAGUGCAAGACCCAUUUGCCAAAAAUCGAAAAUGCUAUUCAUUCUAUCCUUAGAUUAUCAAGUGAAUUGCUAAGUAUGGAGAAGAAGAUAGAGAACUUGGCAACACAGCUAUCUACUGUGGAAAGUAAUAUGUUGAAAACUGUCUCUGAUACAGCGGCGAUGCAGAACGUUCUUGACGGUGCACAGUACAAUGACAGCAUAUCAAAACUGCAAAAUAAAAGAGCAGUUAUAGAAGAAGUAGUACGUGACAUGGAAGUAUCUUCAGGUGCUGAAGGAAUAACUUUAGAAGGCUAUAAGUUAGAAAGUGACCAAGAUGGGGAUAAGUGAAUUUGGACUUAAGGCUCACACUGAUGGAAAAAGCACUUUAAUUGAUUAAAGGUUACGUGACUUCAGCAUACGAGCUGGGAGUUGGGAGGGGGACAGAGACAUCAGGUUAAAAUUUAUAUUUAUUCUUCAUUGCUUUGGUUCCCAUAUUGUUACUUUUUGUUAUCAUAUCCUAUUGACUUUGUAACACAAUGAACAAUUGAUUUCUCUAGAGAGAGCAGUUAAUACUGCGUGUUCAAGACACUCUUAAACCUCUAUUUCUCAAUGCUAGGAUAUUUCAGGUUCAUGUAUUUAUUAUUUAUUAUUUAUGUAUGGAUUGUAUCUGUUUACAGUCAUAUUCAAUAAAAAUAUGUUGCAGUCUAUUGCUCUGUCCUGGUGAAUAAUCCAAUU